ACCGUACGUACCUAACGCAAAAAAACCUUGGUAAAAUUUGACAGGUGGAGAGAAACGGGAAAUAAACAAAACAAGCACUUUGAUUGAAUGAAAUUAGAAGUUUUUCAAUCGUGGUUUUAAGGUUUUUUCCCACUGAUUAUACAAACUUUUCGCGUAUUGUGCAGUACAUUUCGGUUCGUCUACAGAAGAGGAAUUAUUUGAUGCAGAAAAACUAUGCCGCGGAAAUACAAAAAAAAGAUGGACAGACAACGUUGGAAGGAGGGGGAACUUGAAAAGGCAACGCAGGCCAUCAAGGACGGAUUUUCUCUGCGCAAAGCAUCGAGAGUGUUUGCAAUUCCUCGAACAACAUUGAUGAGAAUUGUGCAAAAUUCGUCGGCCGCAUCCGAAGAAACACACAGAACCGUUUUCUCUUCCCAGCAGGAACAGGAGAUGCUCAACCAUGUUCUCAACCUGCAAAGUCGGCUAUAUGGUUUGACGGCACGUGAUAUCCGGAAAAUGGCAUUUGAAUUAGCCGAAAAAAAUAGACUUCCUCAUCCGUUCAAUCCAAAAACUCGCUUAGCCGGAAGAGAUUGGUUCAUCGGAUUCAUGAAGCGCCAUCCAACAAUUUCAAUGCGAACGCCAGAAGGAACAUCAGUAGCAAGAGCUAGAGCAUUCAAUAAACCAUCAGUCCAACGGUUUUUCGAUGUUCUUGAGAGCAAAUUGAAUGUAAUGCAAUACACACCAUCACAAAUUUAUAAUGUUGAUGAAACGAGUGUUUCCACGGUUCCAAACAGCAGCAUAAAAAUAGCUGCAAAGAAAGGCCAGAAGCGUGUGGGCAUCAUAACAAGUGCGGAAAGAGGCGAGUCGACGACAGUGGUAAUGUGUAUGUCUGCGUCGGGACAUUACAUACCACCAAUGAUAAUCUUCCCCCGCAUGAGAAUGAACGAUCAAUUGAAAACUGGUGCUCCUCACGGUACAACAUUUGCUUGUAAUCCUUCUGGAUACAUGACCACAGAAUUGUUUUCGGAAUGGUUCAAGCAUUUUGUGCAACAUGCACGACCCACAUCGGAACGCCCUCUUCUGUUGAUUCUUGACGGUCAUUCUUCCCACAGCAAGAAUUUCGAUUUUUGUGAAACUGCUGCAAAGAUGCACGUUGUAGUAAUCGUGCUUCCACCUCAUUGCAGUCAUCGUAUGCAGCCGUUGGACGUAAGCUUCAUGGGUCCUUUCAAAAAGUUCUACGGAGAUGCUACCGGCUUACUUUUGAAGAAAACUCCAGGCAAAGCAGUUACACAAUACGACAUAGCGGGUUUGGUCGGAAUCGCUUUUCCGCGUGCAGCGACACAAAUGAUAGCUGCGAACGGUUUUUCUGCUACAGGAAUCUGUCCAUUCAAUCGGGAAAUAUUCGAAGUGGACGAUUUUGCACCCGCAGAAGUUACUAAUCAACCAGAAACUGAAACGAUAUCUUCCCACGAUCAAACCCAAUUCGACGGUGUUGAUCAAGCUGUGGAUGCUGCGGAUGAUUCUUUCGAAGUUGGCCCGUCAGACAUCAUUCCUCUACCGAAAGCAAUUGCAUCAAAUGACAGGAAGCGAAUACCUGAUAAAUCUUGCGAGUUGACAGCAACAAGUCAUCGUAAAAGUUUGUUAGAAGCUGAAGUUCAAAAGUCGAUCAAAGCUAUGCGUAAAGUCCAGAAAAAAGUUGUUCCGAAGAGAAAUCGUAAAAGGAAGGGAAUGGAUUCGGAUGUCACAGAGGAUGUUUUAUGCGAGUAUUGCGCAGCAUUAUUCAGUCAGUCCCAAUUAGGGUGGAUGCUGUGCAUUAGUUGUAAAGUAUGGUAUCACAAUCAAUGCACAGAGAAUGAAAGCGUAACAUGCCCCAUAUGUAUGUUGUAAAUCAAUGUGAAAUGAAAUGAAAGAGUGCCAAGUCAUGUUAAAUAAUAAUAAAGAACAUGGUAUUAUAAACGGAUAACUUCGAAAUUAUUUUGAAAUAAAAAAAAUUUGGGUAAUGCCAUAAAAUGUGAAAAAGGAAUUGCAUGGAUUCUAUGCAAUUUUUCUGGUCUGGCUUCUGACCAAGACACCUGGUAUCAAUUCCAGAACACUGUUACUCAUUGAAAUAGAAUCCUGAAUUACUUGACAUAAACAUAAGUAUGUUUUUUCGAUGAAACACACACAUUUUUAACAUUAUUCAUAUGAUCGACAACUAUGACCAAAUCACCCCACUGAUGGACCAAAUCACCCCACAGAUGGACCAAAUCACCCCUCAUCAAAAUUUAAUGUCCAAAAAACAUCACUUUUGUUUUACUAUAUAUUUGAUAGUUUAAAGCUUAAUAUGAUUAUCAAACAUUGAUGAUUGAGAGAAAACAAGUAUAGCUCAGUGUACAAUGUGACGUUUUUAAUUUAGACCGUAUUGGUUUGGAGAUAUUAGGUGAUUUGCUUAGGUGGCCCAA